CACAGGGCACCCCAAGGGCACUCGGAGGGAGGGCAGGCCUUGCUUCCUCGAAGGAAGAUUGGGUCGUCUUCAGAUCUCAAGCAGAAGAACCUCAAAGGACACUCCGGAGGAGACCGCGGUUGGUCCAGGAGAUUGUGAAAUGUCGAAUCCAGAGUCUUCGAAGGAUGAUUUUGAAACACAGCAAGAUUUCACUUGGGAGGUCAAAGCCAACGAUCGCGCUUUCCAUGACCAGUUCAUGAAGAGACACUUCUACUGUCUGAAGAGGAAAAAGUAUGCGGGUAAUGCCAUCAAGACAGCCAAGUAUAACAUGAUCACCUUUCUACCCCGCAACCUAUUUGAGCAAUUCCACCGGAUGGCCAACUUGUACUUCCUCUCCAUCAUUUUGUUGCAGACGGUCCCCCAGAUCUCCACACUUCCCUGGUUUGCCCUGCUCUUCCCUCUUGGCCUCCUGCUUGGCAUCCGAGGGGUCCGGGACUUGAUUGACGAUAUCGGACGGCACCGGAGCGACUGGGAAAUUAACAGCCGACCCUGUGACAUUUUGAUUGGAAAAAGUUUCUGCCCAAGGAAAUGGUCCGACAUUCACGUGGGAGACAUAGUUCGCCUUCAGAAGGACAGCGUCGUGCCGGCUGACCUGCUCUUACUCUCGAGUUCGGAGCCCAACAGCCUUUGCUACAUAGAGACAAUGGAUAUAGACGGAGAAACGAAUCUGAAGUACAGGCAAGCUCUCCUCGUGACACAUGAGCAGCUGUCGUGCGAGGAAGACAUGGCUGACUUUGAUGGGAUCGUAACCUGCGAAGAGCCCAACAGUCGGAUGCACAGCUUCAUUGGCAUCUUGGAGUGGCAGGGUGAGCAAUACUCCCUCGACAGCGAGAAGGUCUUGCUGCGCGGGUGCCGCAUCCGCAACACCGAGAUCUGCUACGGCCUUGUCAUAUAUGCAGGAUUUGACUCCAAAAUCAUGAAAAACUGUGGGAAGAUCAAGCUGAAGAAAACCAACCUCAACCGACUCAUGGACCGCCUAGUCUUGCUGAUUGUGGCGGCGCUCUUGGUCAUCUCCUUCGGCCUGGCCAUCGGCUCUGGUGUUUGCGCAGAGAAGUUCCGCCAGGAGCACGGCUACCUCUCUGUCUUCUAUGACAGUAUUAGCGCAGUCGAGUAUGCCUUCAUGGCCUUCUUCGGUUUCAUCAUUCUCCUCAGCCUGGUCAUCCCCAUGUCCAUGCUCAUCACGUUCGAGUUCAUCUACCUGGUCAACAGCUGCUUCAUCAAUUGGGACCUGGAGAUGUACUGCGUCGAGAAGGACACACCAGCCAAGGCCCGCAGCACCAGUCUCAAUGACCAGUUGGGCCAGAUCCAGUAUGUCUUUUCGGACAAGACAGGGACCUUGACCCAGAAUAUCAUGACCUUCAAGAAAUGCUGCAUCAAUGGGAAGAUAUACGGCUCAGGCUCCAGCGGCAAAGACAAAACCUCGCCCAAGACCAUGGGCUUCUAUGACCGCUGCCUCUUGGAUACUGUCCAGCAAAACACCGACCCUGUGGUGCGGGAAUUCAUGCGCUUACUGGCCCUUUGCCAUACGGUGAUGGUGGAGCAGAAGGAUGGUCAAUUGCUUUACCAAGCGGCUUCGCCGGACGAAGAAGCUCUGGUUUCUGCAGCUCGGGAUCUUGGCUAUAUCUUCUUAUCAAGGACGCAAGACACCAUCACCAUCCAGGAGCUGGGCAUCCAGCGGACCUAUAAGGUCUUGGCAAUCUUGGACUUCAACAGCGUCCGCAAACGGAUGUCUAUCCUGGUGCAAGACCCCGAAGGCUGCCUCCGGCUCUACACCAAAGGAGCCGACACAGUGAUUCUGGAGCGGUUGCGGAGGGACCCUGUCAGUGAGGGCUACACUGUCAAGGCCUUGGAUAGUUUUGCCCAGGAGACUUUGCGGACUUUGUGCCUCGCUACCAAGACAGUGAAUGCGCAGGACUUUGAAACCUGGAGCAAGAAGCACCACGAAGCCAGCGUCGCAUUGCAAGGCCGGGCUCAGAAACUGGACAAAGUGUAUGAGGAGAUAGAGCAUGGUCUCCAGCUCCUGGGUGCCACGGCCAUCGAAGACAAGCUGCAAGAUGGGGUCCCAGAGACGAUCCACCUCCUCAAAAGAGGAGGCAUGAAAGUAUGGGUGCUCACCGGAGACAAGCAAGAGACGGCUGUCAAUAUUGGUUUUGCCUGCGAGCUCCUUUCUGAUGACAUGACCAUCCUGGAGGAAGAUGUGGUCAGGGAGAUCCUUGAGCCGUCUUGGUACAGCAGCAGCAGCAGUCUUGCCAACAGCAAGGAAUCGCUUUGCAACGGCUCUUUCCAGCCCUUCCAGACAUCGUCCAUCUAUGGAAAGAAGGCCCUGGUGGUCACAGGGGACUUCUUGGACAAAAUCUUCCACAUGGAGGGGGAGAAGAGGGCAAAGAGGAAAAAGUGCCUUUUGGAGCAUUUUGGGUGUCGUAAGGCGGACCCUGAGAAGGACCAAGGGCACUUGGUGGAGCAGGCCUUUGUGGAGCUGGCCACUGAGUGCCAGGCUGUGAUCUGUUGCCGGGUGACUCCCAAGCAGAAAGCAUUGAUCGUGGAGAUGGUCAAGCGGCACAAGAACGCUAUCUCCUUAGCCAUCGGAGACGGGGCCAACGAUGUCAACAUGAUCAAAACCGCCGACAUCGGGGUGGGCAUCAGCGGGCAGGAAGGGAUGCAAGCGGUCCAGUGCAGUGACUAUGCCUUGGCUCAGUUCUGCUACCUCCAGAGGCUCCUUUUCGUCCAUGGACGCUGGUCGUACAUCCGGAUCUGCAAGUUCCUCCGCUAUUUCUUCUACAAGACUUUUGCGGGCAUGAUGGUGCAGAUCUGGUUCGCUUUCUACACAGGGUUCACAGCCCAGCCACUUCUGGAAGGCUGGUUUCUUGCUUUGUACAAUGUUUUCUACACUUCAUAUCCUGUUCUGUGCAUGGGGAUGUUUGAACAGGAUGUGAGUGCCAGAAAAAGCCUACAUUUCCCAGAACUCUACAAGGUGGGCCAGGAGAACCGGCUUUUCAAUUUCCGGACUUUCUGCGUUUCUUUCCUCCAUGGCUCCUGUGUCUCUUUGGUCAACUUCUACAUCACUCUUUGGGCCAUGGGGGAUCGAGCAGGUGUUCGGGUCGUUGGUGAUUAUCAAUCCUUCGGCAUGAUAGUUGCCACCUCAGCCAUAAUGACUGUCACUGCUGAGAUCAUGAUGGAGGUCAAAUUUUGGAACAUCUUCUCUGUGCUGGCCAUUGUGGUGAGCCUGGCUUUCUACUGCCUGUUCUCCUAUAUCACACAAAGUUUUGAUGCCUACAGAACAUCUUACAUUGCGUUCCCUUAUCCGGAUGCCUCCAGGAAUGCCCUCACAGAUCCAACAAGCCUCCUGGUGAUCUUGCUCUGUGUGAUGGUCAACGUCGUUGCUUCCCUCACUGUCCGCUUUGUGGAUGGCUGUUUCAGUUCCACCGACAUGUCCGAUAUGAUUGAGACCCGAGGCCUCCACCUGAAGGAGAAGCCAGUGGAGUUGACCUCCCACGUCCGGAGGAGCACCUUCCACCGGCGCUCCAGCUACGCCUUUUCCCACGAAGGAGGCUACGCCGACCUCAUCUCUCGGGGAGCCAGCCUCCGCACCAAGGGGCCCCGGGGCCCCAUCCAUGACAAGGGCUUCUGCAGCCCCCCAUCGCUCCCUGAAGAGAGCCCUAUUCCCUCCAAAGCCAGCCGCCGAUCUCCAGAAAAGCUUUCCAAGUAGAGAGCCCACUUGGGUUGAUGCAAAGAUGGGCCUGAAAGGUUCUCAACUGUGUUCCUUCUCCUGGCCCUGUGGUUCCAGGUUCGAAGGCCCCCAACUUCCUUUAUGUGCCAGUAUUUGGACAGAGCUCUGUGUGGAUAUGAAGGAGGGCAGACAUGCCUAUGGUUCAUGGCAAUGGAAGAGAAGUCUCAUUUCGAGGAAUGAUUGAGAGCGACACAUUUUGUGCAAUUAAUUCUGGUUUUACAGCCAUUAAUGCUGAACUCAGAUUUUAGUGCCUCUUAUCAAAGGAGAGGUUCUCAUCUUUCAUAGCAACUGUUACAUUAAAAGUUACAUUUAUAGUGACUGGUUUUGCAGGCCUCCAAAUGAAGGAGGAGGAAGAUUACAUGGCCCCUGUGCCUCUUUUUUUGCCAUACCAAGUUGUUGAUCUAUUUAUGGGCGUUGUGUUGACAAUGGAUAAGGGGAAGUAUACCACUUGUUUGUGGACUGCCUCCUAAAUCAGGAAAUGCAUUGCAGGGCCUCCUGGAUGUUCUUGGAGAGCAACUCCCAUCAUCCCUUACCACCAAGCAGAUGGGGAGAGCAAUCCAGUGACAUCUGGUGAAUGAUGAAAAUCUACCUUCAGACUCACAUUGCAAAUACAAUUUGAUAAAUUGAUUAAAAUAAACUCAAUUGAUUCAACGAGUUGGGAUGUUCAACUGAAUGUAGGCUCCGCUUCCCUCUGUUGGUCAGAUGCUGCAUUGCAGUCGAUGGGCUUCCUCUGUGUCUUCAAGUCAACAUCUACUAGGAGUCCUCAAACCUAUUACGCCAGUGUUUCUCAACCUUCCUGAUGCCACGACCCCUUAAUACAGUUCUUCAUAUUGUGGUGACCCCCAACCAUAAAAUAUUUUUUGUUGCUACUUCACAACUGUAAUUUUGCUACUGUUAUGAAUCAUCAU